AUGUUGGCCGCUUUCUUGCUAAUAUCCAUGUUUUAUGUCACAGAGCAACAUGAAUAUUUACUUGAACCAUUGCCUCAACACGAUUCCAGUAAAAUGAUCCGAUGUGUGACUGGUAUACUUGACAAAUAUUUCGCGCACAAAAAAGAAUUGACUUUUGUGAAUAUGAACUCUGAUGAAAAUGACUUGUUAAAAGAGAUCCAUUUAAAACUGCAUUUCUCUCUAAUAACCAGGAAAGUAACUCAACCUAUGUUCGUUCCUAAUCUUGGGUAUGUUGUGUAUUCUCCGGAUGUAGACACGUUCUCAAGUUUGUUCCAGGAUCUUACAAGAGAGCCACCAUGGAACCCAUAUGCACGGUUUUUAAUCAUCAUCGAAUUACUGCUUGAAACCGAACUAAGGCAAGUUUUUGAUGUACUACUACGACAACGUGUCAACGAUGCCCUUUUAGUGAAUGGCACUGAAGAAGGACAACUCUACACUUACAAUCCGUUUGAUAACUACGCGUGUGGUAGAUAUUAUGAUACCGUGAUAAGCUACGGACUAUGCUCAGAAACCACGCAUAAUUUGUAUCCUAAUAAAUUAGUCAAUGGAUUGAAAAAUUGCACUUUUAGAGGAUCUCAUACACAUAUCCCGCCAUACAGUAUUGAACCUUCUCAAAAUGAAUAUCCAAAUAAAUUACCUGGAAUAGAACAAUAUGUUCUUAAGACAGUAAGUGAAUCUGACGAAUUCAAAAUAGAUUUCAACACACAUUAUAACAGCUCGAUUUUCUCAAGGGUUGCUCCUAAUAUGACAGCAACCGGACCUAUUGCUAUGUUGCAGACGAAUGAAACAGAUGUUAUGUUCGGUUCGAUGAUGCUAAGGAAUUCGUACGCAAGAGCUUUCACAUCAGUCAUUGGUUACGAUGACUACGUUGACGAGUUUACAUUUGCUGAGGACAAUCAAAAAUUAAUUCAGUGUAUAAUUAGUGUACUUGAGAAUUAUUUCUCUGAACAAAACGAGCUCACUUUCGUUGGUAUGCAAGAUGGAAACGAAAAUAAACUUCUGAAAACGAUUCACACAACUACCAACUUUCCUCUGGUAACCAGACUUCCAGAUCAAAGAAUGGAUGUUCCAAUUCUCGGAUAUUUGAUAUCCGCAGCUGAUGCUAAUGAUUUCAUAAAAUACAUUCAAUUUCUUAUAAGCGAGCCAGCGUGGAACCCGUACGCAAGAUUCUUGAUAGUCAUUGCAUUACUGCGUGACGCCGACUUGGAAAUAAUAUUUGAUGAGCUGUUAAGACAGCAUGUCGAUAACGUCCUAUUAGUGAACGGCACUGAAGGUGCACAUCUCUACACUUACAAUCCUUUUGAUAACUACGCUUGUGGCAAGUACUAUGACAACGUUACUAGUUAUGGGCAAUGCUUACUGGCUACAAAUAAUUUAUAUCCCAAGAAACUGGUCACUGGACUCAAGAAUUGCAAUUUUACAGCAUCACUGGCACAUCAACCCCCUUUUACAAUAGACCCAACCAAAACGAAACACAAAAAGCUUUUAGGAACAGAAGAGUAUAUAAUUAAAUUGCUGGGUGAACUAGAACACUUUACUGUAAGUUUUAAUUACAAUUACAAUGGUGGAAUGUUUACUACCGUUGCACUAAACAUGACACCUCUUAGUCCUAUGAAAGUGUUACAAAGGAACGAAUUUGAUAUUAUAUUUGGCGCAAUCAUUGUAGGAACAUCGCGGGCUGAAACGUUUACUUACAUGUGUGGAUACCACGAUUACAGUGACGAAUUACGAUUUGCGGUGAAAAGCUCACCCUUUGUUCCUCUUUCGGAGUAUGUGUACCUAGAAUUUGAACUAGACGUAUGGGGUUUGUUAGUAGUGACUUUUAUAGUGUAUUCGAUCAUUGUGUCUUUGUUAUUACGCACAAAAGAUAGAGGGGAAAUUAUGUUGUUACUCUUGGAUAACCUGCUAUUGCACGGACGUCAUAUUCGCAUUCGUCAGUCGGUAAAGUGUGUUCUGAUCAUGUGGGUGUUAUUCGCAUAUCUGAUUAACACUUUCUACCAAACCAAUCUGUUUAGUUUCACUACACAUCCUAGCCUGGAUUUCCAGAUAGCGGACGAAGAGGAUAUAGCUUACUACGACUUAACACCGUGUGUAAGUCUUGAAUUAAGAAAGUUCAUAAUCAGCGAAACAGAUACAUUCGAUGACGAUUUUUUUAUGAAUAAAGGAUGCCAAACUCUAGGUGAGGCUAUGGAUACAGUCAGUUCCAAUGAAGAUGUGUUUACGCUUAUUCCAAAUUAUUUCUAUUUAUACAAUGAAGCAAAAUAUAGUGACAAGUGGGGUAGACCUCUUGUUUAUUAUUUUGAAAAACCUUAUAUGAAACUUCUUUUUGGGUUCUUCUUUUACAACGGCUUUCCAGUUACACGAAGUCUCCGGCUUAAUGCAUUGCGUUUGAGGGAAAAUGGAAUAAUCGAUAAAAGUUUACAGGACCAUUAUUACAAUCGAAGGUUGAAACAAAAAUUCCACAAGAAAACCUUUCAAACCCAAUUUUUAAUUCCAUGGCAUGUAUAUAUUCCUGGAACGAUGAUAGCUACUCUUGCCUUCAUAUUGGAGCUGUUAAUGAAACAUAUGAAAUUAACGAAAUUGUUAAACUACAUAGCUGUUCAAUUAAGUGGUCUUGAAAUACAAAUUGAAGUCCCAACAUAUAGUGUCAAGGUAAUAACAUGCGUAGAGGAAAUAGUGGAAAAAUAUUUCGCAAAAAAAAAAGUGCUCACAUAUGAUGGAAAUUCUCUAGAGGGUCGUGAAUUGCUUAAAGCAAUCCAUGCUUUAAACGUCGUGACAGUGAUGCCUAAAAUUUCUUCUGGAAAAAUAAUUAGAACCCAUAAAGGAUACUUGAUUUCUACAAGAAGUUUAACGAGUUUUAAAGAAAAUAUUUCCAAACUAUAUAACGAUUCUACCUGGAAUCCAGAAGCACGAUUUCUAAUCGUAUGUGCAUCUCUAAAACACUCUGACCUCAAGUAUUUUUUUAACUAUUUCCUGGAACUGCACGUAACGAACGUAGUUAUAAUCAAUGCAACUGACGAUGCACAGUUAUAUUCCUACAACCCAUUCGAAAACUACGGAUGCGGCAAAAAUUAUGAAAAUAUCAUCAGUCACAGAAAGUGCUCACAGGCUUAUAGGCAAAAUCUAUUCCCUAACAAAUAUGUCACUGGAUUAAAUAAUUGUACUUUCAACUUGGCGAUACCACAUCUACCGCCAUAUACUGUCCAUCCUAAAAACAAUUCUGAUAUGCCGCAUUCGCUUUUAUAUGGAAUAGAACCGUAUCUUUUACGAUUGAUCGGUGACAAACACGGAUUUUCUUUGAAUAUUACAUUAGACAAUGAUGACGUGGAAUCAUUCACAACAGUAGAAGCUGAUAGAACAAUUCAAAUGCUACAAGAUUCUAAAGCGGAUGUCGUUUUAGGUGGUCAACUACUAGUACCUUCUCAUGCAGCUGACUUCAGUUAUGUAUUCGAUUUGUUUCCUUACGUAGAUGAAAUACGAUUUUUAGUGAGAACCGCAAAGUUAAUGCCGUCUUGGAAAACCUUUUAUUUAGAAUUUGACAUGACAGUAUGGUUACUCAUAGCACUUUCUUUGCUUCUUUACUCGAUGGUGAUGAUUUUUCUACUCCGCGUGGAAGACAACAGCCUCAUUGUGUUAAAACUCUUAGAUACCUUAACGCUUCAUGGUUGUAAAAUUAAUUGUCAUUCGACAAUAAAGGUCGUCUUUAUUUUGUGGAUUUGGUUUGCAUAUCUAGUCAAUGCCUUUUACCAAUCCAGUCUCUUCAGUCUGGCCACAAAUCCUCCUAGGCAGAAGCAAAUCGCAACAGAAUCGGAUAUCUUACACUACAAAUUAAAGCCUUGUUUUAGUGAAGUAAUGCAGAAGUAUGAAAUGGAAUCUACAGAAUCAAAACACGUCUAUACACCAAUUGCUGGUUGCAAAAGUGCCUAUGAUAGUAUUAAUAAAGUUCUGAAUGAUCAAAAGUAUUAUACAAUAUUCUUAUACGGACUGUACCAAUACAAUAAACAGGAUUUUUUUGAUAUUUAUGGACACGACCAUAUCUAUCCGUUCAAGGAGGCGUAUUCUAAGGUUAUCUAUUGCAUGUAUUUCUACAAAGGAUUUCCUUUUAUUCAUGACAUAAGGGUAAGCUCAAUGCGUCUGAGAGAAAUGGGCUUGGUAGAUAAAGCUAUGUCUGACAUGAUUUACUUCAAGAACAUAAAACAUCAUUUUCAUGCACAUCCAUAUAAGCCCCGUUUCGCUCUCCCGUGGUACCUCUACCUUUUUGGAUGCACGAUGUCUGCAAUCACCCUUGUUGUGGAAAUUAUAACUAAGCAUAGAAUAGGUUAA